AUGCCUAACCCUAGAGUUUUCUUCGACAUGACUCUCGGUGGUACACCUGGAGGUCGGAUCGUGAUGGAGCUUUUCGCCGAUACGACACCGAAAACAGCCGAGAAUUUCCGAGCUCUCUGUACCGGCGAGAAAGGAAUCGGAAAAUCAGGUAAACCACUUCACUUCAAGGGAUCUAUUUUCCACCGUGUGAUCCCUGGAUUCAUGUGUCAAGGAGGUGAUUUCACCGCCGGGAAUGGAACCGGCGGUGAAUCGAUCUACGGUGCGAAGUUCGAAGACGAGAACUUCAUUAAGAAGCAUAUCGGACCUGGGAUUCUCUCAAUGGCUAACUCUGGUCGUAACACUAAUGGAUCUCAGUUCUUUAUUUGUACUGAUGAGACUUCUUGGCUUGAUGGGAAACAUGUUGUGUUUGGACAGAUUGUUGAAGGUAUGGAUGUUGUGAAGGCGAUUGAGAAAAUUGGAUCUAAAUCUGGGAAGACUUCGAAACGUGUGGUUGUUGCUGAUUGUGGUCAGAUUUGUUAG